AUGCUCGGUCCUAACCGCGUGGAUGCUUGUUUGAGGUCUCUCCCGUCACUGGCAACACCUGGAGACUUGAAGGAGGAGGUUCAAAAGUUCUGCGACAAAUACGAACUCGUCGAAGUCGACCGAGAAAAAGUCGCAGACUCCUUCUCGAGGUGUGGCGAAACAUGGGCACAGGAUCUGCGCGAGCUGGAUCACGCCCUCUCCAAGGCUCGGAAUCCAACGUCGCUGCUGCAGGCGCGACUGCGCGAGCUGGAAGCCAUACGUGGCUUUCAGGCGAAGGCCAAGCAGGGCCAUCUGCCUGGCUGCAUGUGUCCAGCGUGCAAGGAGAACAAGUUCGCUCGAGCUGUUGGCACCGAGACUGCGGUGGAGGCGAAGUCAUUGAACGCUGCGGCCCUGGUCGCCUACCAGGUCGAGCAGGAAGCAAUCAAUGGCGGGCCGCCCCCCGAAGAGAUGCCCGAUGCGUUCAGCAACGAUCCCAAAGGCAAGGGGAAGGGAAAGGCCCUGAUCUUGCCCACUGGCGACCUCCUUCCAGAAGUCAAGGCCUUCUGCACACGCUUCGCACUGACAGAGCGUUUGCAGACAAAGGUCAUGGACACCCUGCGAAAGCGCGGUGAUCCGGAGUGGCGGCAAGACUUGGCUGAGAUGAACAGGGACCUUUCGAAAGCUCGGAAUCCGAGUGGUCUCCUGGUAGUCAAGCUGGGUGACAUCCAGAAGCUCGGUUUGGGAGAGCUGAACCCAAAUCAGCUGUGCUUCAACUAUCGCGCAGGUACCUGCACAUGGGGGGACAAGUGCCGGUGGUCGCACGAUGUUGCAGUAGGAGCCGAGCGGAUGAAUUCCAGCUCCCUCCUUGCGGCGAAUGCGAAGGGGACGGCAGCCGGGCUUGCGAAACUUUCACGGUAA